AUGGAAGGCACUGCCUCCGCCGCUGACGGAAACGGCGUUGCCGAAGGGCGCGAACGACGAGCGACGGCGACGGCGACCGGGCACGACGUCUCAUCCGCGGCGAACCUACACACACACGCACACACGCUGCAGACACACGCGCGCACGCAAGCACAAGUCGGCCCCGCGAGUUUCUCGUCGUGCAAAACGUUUUCAGUGAGACUCGGACGACGGCCUCGGCUGCAGGGACGGCGGACUAGGCGCGGACGAGGAGCCGGCGACCGGACUCAAAAAACGUUCCAUUCCUCGCGAAUAUACCCACCCGAGACCAAGGAUUUCAGACGCAUUGGACAUUUCGAUGAUAUAUACUGCCAUUUCACAAUUCCAGUACACGACGACACUGCGCCGACCGACCAAAAGGUACAACAGCAGCAUCGAGAGCCUGCUCACGUGAUAUCCAAGUAUCUACUCUUCUGUGAUUUCGGCCCGAGGCCGAGUACACAAACGCCGUGUUCGCCGGAUAAAUCUGAGGUUAAAGGUGAAACGGCCGCCGAUGUCAUGUCUCCAGACACCGCCAGUCGUGUGUUCCACACGGAAUAAUAGUAAUACUAAUACAAAUAACAACGAUUAGUAAUAAUAAAAUAUUACAAAUCGUUAUUGUUGUAUCAUUGCUAAUGCUUGAAGUCGUGCGAUAAUACACGGGCCACAUAAAAUACAAGGCGACGAAACAACGGUACAUUAUUUUCUACGCCACACCACAACCCGUUACCACAAACUCAACAGUUAUAUAUAUAGUGAGUAAAAACAAAAACAAAUUUAAAAAAAAAUUCUAAUAUCGCACCAGCCGAAAAAGUACUUAAAUAUAAUAUUGUUUUGUAUUAUAUUAUAUUGUCAUAAGUAUAUAUUUUUUUUUGCCGUUCUCGUCGGUUGUAUACCCGAGCGAUACUGUCGAAAAUAGGCAGAGGUAUACAAAUGUGUAUUAUUAAAUAACAAUUAUUAAAUGAUGAUAAUAUUGUAUACGUGAAAAAAAUUAAACUAUUUCGUUCAACACGUUCUGUCAAACCAAAA